CCUAACUCCAACCACAAGUGUCCUGUCAUCGGGUGUUAAUUUCACUUCGCCCACGGAAACAGUUGCCUCCAUGACCCCAAUGCUAACAACAAGUGUUAUGUCAUCAAGAGUUAACUCCACUUCACCCACGGAAACAGCUGCCUACAUAACCCCAGCGCUAACAACAAGUGUCAUGUCAUCAAGUGUCAACUCCACUUCUCCCACGGAAAGUCAUAACAUCACUUCGUUUCAAGUGAUGAUUGAAUUCGUAGAUAUCACUUGGAAUGAUAAAUUUCUGAAUAAAACAAGCGAUCAAUACAAGAGCCUGGAUUCUAACGUAACCGAGGCUGUAAAAGAUGCACUCAGAGUUGAAAAUGUGAACUCGACUGUCCAUGUUAUCGAGUUCAAACCCGGAAGCGUGUUGGGGUUUUUCAACAUCACAGCAAUGAAACCAGAAACAGAAGUCAAGGCGGCCCUAAGAAGGCAAAUGAAGAACGGUACCAUUGGUGAUUUUAAUGUAUCAAAGACGCUGUUUUCUGGAAGUUUGUUUGAUGUUGUCAUUAAACUUAAGAAGGAAUGCAAUUAUACUCAUGCGUCAAAUGUGAAACAUGAGGUGGAAAGAGUGAAACGUGAGGUGGAAAAUGUGUUACCUGGGAACGAAACGGCGACAUUACAGAAAGUCAUAUGCCCAAAACCUGGUAACGUCACUAUAGUAACCUUUCGCCUUCAAGUAGAGGAUGCUUCUUCGAAUAACCCCGACAAGGAACUUCAAGGUUUAAAAGCGAGCGUUGAGCGUGGCCAACUAGGAAACUUUUCGUUAAUUCCAGAAUGGCAAGCUUACAUCCCUGGGGAGAAACAGUUUUUGGUUUCUUUUAAGCUAACAAAGCCUUCUGAAAAUAGGAGCGUGACAAUCAAGGACCUAGAAGAGGCUAUCAAGGAUAUUUUCAAACUGAAUGACAGGGACUACAGAUACGUCACAGUUGAUUUGAUGAGUGACAAUAAAACGGCGGUUGUUAAAGUCGGUAUGAAGACAGUCGCCAUUGACAAUCCAGUAAUGAACCCUUUGGAUCCACUAGAGAAAAAAGUCAAGACGGGUAAAAUUGGAAACACUACUGUGCUAGAAAAAUCAUUUGAAGCCUCCGUGAACCCCAGCACACUAACACAAAAAGUAUUUCAAGUAGAGUUUCGACUUAACAUGUCCGACUGCAAUCUGAACAUUAAUCGUGAGAAUGCUUCCAAAGCCGUCAACGAUUACAUACGCAAUGGAUUGAAAGAAUACAAAAGCUUCCUGAAAGCUGACUUCCUGCGUGAUAAACUCAGCUGUCAAAAUGGGUCUCGCUAUAAAAAACAGCUCUUUAUACAUGGAGCCUUUUUAGUGUAUGUACAUCCGUCUGCUUCAGAAUUACGUAACCAGUUUAACCCAUACUUACUCAAGUGCGGCAGAAAUGCAGAGGGAGCAACCUAUGAUUGGGGAAUAAGGGUAACUCCUCUUACACCAACUCCAACCCAAACCAAAAUAGGAGAGGGAAUUCGAAUGGUCUGCCCCAAUAAACACAAAAAUGAACCUACGUCAGAGCCCACAGCAGCCAUCACUGUGACAGAAGGGUCAACAUUUCCGACUUCUCCCAGCACAGAGGUACCAGUGUUAGAUCCGAGUCUUUAUGUCAAAGUGAGACUGGGUAUCACUUGGGGAGAGUUUUGCUCCAAACUGGAGCACAGUCUAAAACAAAAAAUAGCUUGGAACUUGUUCGACAAGAAUGGUACGAAAAUAUCUCCCGACAGGAUUAUUUUCAUCAACGUCGAGAAAAACUGCGCGGAUCCAAGCAAGAAGGACGAGCAAGCAGAAGUGUGGUUCUACGUAUCAAAAGUAGACUCCAAUAAGCUGCACAAAUGUCUCACACUAAAGGCUUACAAAGUACUGAAAAUGUUCGUGGAUAAUGGAAAUACCAAGCCUCUUGGACAAGAUUUUGAGGGAAAGGUUAUUCACGUAGAUCUGGCUGGUGAGGAUGCUUCCAAACACAAAUCUAAAUACGAUUCUGGUGAUCUUUCAUUACUGGCCAUUAUCCUUAUCGCCGUCGCAUGCGCAGUUGGUCUUCUCUUAUUGACAAUAGCAUGCUGUUGUCUAUUCUGUUGUGGUGGAAAAAGGCGAAGAAAACAGAAAGAGGAAGAUUCGCAUCCAAUGCACGUGUUAAUUGACGCGAAUGGUGUAGAUGUACAUGGUGAUAUGGGAAAAAAUGAUGAUGAUGACGAUGAAAAGAAGAAGCGAAAAGCGAAUAAGGAAAAGAAGAAAAAAGACAAAGGGAAAAAGAAAAAGAAAGAGAAAGAGAAAGAGAAAGAGAAAGACGGAACUGAUGGCGGAAACGAAGGUGCUCAUAACAAAGGAAAUGAGGGAGAAGGUAAGGAGGCAGGUGGAAAGGAAAAUGUCGUAUCUUAUGAAAACCCAGCUUACCUUACAAUUAAUAACAAUGGGGAUGGGAAUGAGUGUAAUUUAAAUAACUCAGCAGCUGGUCCAGCUCCUGUCAUUGUCACUAGCCCAGCUCCUGACGCCGAUGAAACUUUAGGAGACAACAGUGGCAUUAGCCAACCAAAAACCAGCCAGGCUUCUGAUACAGCUUCAUCUGCUUCCGAGGGCUCCCGUAGAGGAUCGGCAAAUAUUGGGGGAGAGGAACAAGGCAGAGGUUCCAAGAGAUCGAGCCCAGCUACUUUACGCCAUAGUGAUGCUCAAUUCAAAGAUCCCGGUAGGAGACGUUCUUCUGCUUACUCCACCCUUGACGAUGAGGACAUACCGCUAACACAUAAGACUGGCACCGUUGGGAUUGUGGCUUUGGCGAUAAGAAACAGGAAUGAAAAGAAGAAAGAGGCCGAAUUCAAGAACCUAAGCAAAGACGUACCUGAAGUGGAAGUGAACUACCCUGCUUGUACUCAGAGUAAAAACAGAUCACCUGAUGUACUGCCAGCUCCUAAGACCAGAGUAAAAUUAUCUUCAAACCCAGAUUACAUAAAUGCUAACUGGAUCAGGGAUCACAAGGGUCAGCGGUGUUACAUCGCUACCCAGCAUCCUUUGCACGAGACAGUGGAAGACUUCUGGCGAAUGGUUUGGGAGCAGGAGUCUCGCUUGGUUGUCAUGGUAAACGAGGAAGAGAAAGAAAAACCGGCGGAAUUCAUGGAUUAUUUACCAAGGGGAGAAGGAAGUGCAAAGAGCUUUGGUGGUAUUGAGGUUACAGUCAAGCAAAUCACGAAGAAAGCAGAUUAUACUGUAACUAUUUUGAACAUUGCAGACAGCAAGAAACCUUCUUCCUCACGCGAGGUGUCGCACAUGAAAUUCACCUCAUGGAAGGAGCGUGCAUUGCCCAACGUGGCUCUGUUUGUUGGGUUCGUGACUGCCACGCGAGAAGCGAGGAAGAAAUAUGAAAGCAGCAAGGCUCCAACCAUUGUACAUUGCAGUGAUGGCCUGGGCUUUACUGGUGUGUAUAUUGCUGUGGAUAUCGGCGUUAAAAGUCACGAAGAAAGUAAAACAUCAGUCGUUGAUGUGUUUGAGUUGUCCAAAAACCUCAGACAGGACCGCCAUGGUAUCGUCUGUACCCUGGAACAUUAUAACUUUAUCUACCAGGCGCUGUAUGAGUACACAGUCAACUAUGAUGAGUCAGCAGAGGUAACUACACUGUCUCUUAAGAAAUGA